UCAGCCCCCGCCCCCGGCGCCGCGCCGCGCGGCCGGGCGGGGCCUGCGGCAGCCGCCGCGGCGGGGGGGGAGGGGGCCGCGGCGGGGAGCCGUUGCCGGGGCCGGGGGCGCGACGGGCCCCCCCGUGCCGCCGCGGCGCGCGUUAUCUGGCGCCUAGGCCGUCCCCGAAGCUCGGGCGCGGCGGCGCAGCCGUAGCGGCGGCGGCCCCUCUCGCGGGAGGAGGCUGCCGCAGAAAGCCGUCACGUUAUAUACAUAUAUAUAUAUGUAUAUUUAUACAUAUGUGUAUGUGUUGCAGACGUAUGCGUGCGCUGCGAGGCGUUGCCGUGGGGGUGGGUGGUGACGCGGCCUCCAGGCGCGCGCGAGGCGACCGUUAGGGUGUUCGUUAGGGGUGGGGCGGGCGGCGCGGUCGCCAUGGCAACGCGGCGCGGGCCGCCGAGCCGCGGGCGCCGCCAAGCCCCGCGGCCGCGAUGCCGCUGAAGGUGGUGGUCGAGCUGCGGAUUCACGCGGUCACAUGUCCUGGUGUGUUCCUGCCAGAGAAACAUGACAUUUAUCUCAGUGUGUGCAUCUUGGGUCAAUACAAAGAGACAGAAUGCCUUCCUCCUGUUUUCCCUCUCUUGUUUCAUGAGAAGAUGUUGUUUGAAAAGGUCUUUGAAAGUGCUGUAGAUCCUGCUGCUGUAACUGAGAUGCUUGAAAGUAAUGUAACGAAGUUUGAAUUAACUCAGCUUGUAUCUUCAGUAGGAGAUGACCUUGCAUUUUAUGAAGAGAAUACUCGAAACUUUCUGUUCCCAGAGCCUAAGCUGACUCCUGCAUAUCCUGGUGUGGACAGAGAAUUAUUGAUGAAGACAUCUUCUCAUUUCCCAGGAAUAGCACCAAAAAUAGAGUUCUCCACAAGAACCACCAUUACAGAGCUUCCACUUCAGUACAGAGGGAAGGAUUAUGCUCAAGACAGAAGAAGGAGUCAAAGAUCUGCAUCUGCAUCACCCAAACGAAGGAGCAGGUCAUUAACACAAUGCAAGACAUCAGCAAAAAGGGAUAAGAUCUACAAAAGACAUGCAAGGUCAUUAAAAUCACAGGCUCCUUCUCCAAACGCUAGAGACCACUUCUGUGAACUUUCCACAGAGAACCAGCAGCAGCUGUGCAGACUGAGCUUGGGGUCUGCUGAGAGCAAAUCAGAAAAUGAGAACAGGCCACCAUUUGUAGUUAGACAUGUGGGCAGUUCCAAAUCAUUCAAUGAAGUAACCUCACCAUUGCCUUACUGUAAUGUGAAGAAAAGUGUGAGAUCAGCAAAAGAUUCUCCCAAAUUUCAUGUGAAACGAGCUUUAACUUAUGAUAACUAUGAAACAUCAAAUACCUCAGUUAAGAUUAUCAGGGAACCAGCUGAACAGGCUACUUCUGAACAUGAUUCAUCAUCUCGUGAAACAGAUGAACUUUUCGGUUACUCACAGUGUUCUACCAGUCAGAGGCAUUUAGCUUUUCACCGUGCAGCUUCAUCUCCUACCUCCCAACACCUGAAGUCACCAAGUCCUGCUCGAAGUCCCUUUCCUCUUCAAUACAGUAGGUUGCAUUCCGGUGUGGAUUUCAGCUGGGAGAAAAUCAACGAGCGGGUGCGGAGUCUCCUCACCUCAGCACAGGCCAAGCAGCGGCUUUCCUCUGGAGCUACUGAGAGUGAGAUUGAUGAUGUCUUUGAAAGAAGGUCUGUGUCUUUGAGGAAUUCCCUGCCUAAUGACUCAGGGGAACGGAGCUAUUGCUAAGUAGUUAUUAUCAGAAAGGUGGGACGGCAUAGUGACUCCUAGAUACUGAUCCCGAUGAAUACACUGAGACUGAUGCUUCUAUUCCAGCUGAGCAGUGGUUUGGUUUCUUUGCUAUUGUGUUAUCUCUUUCUCAAAGCAAGACUUCUAUGCUGUCUGACACUGUAUAAGAAUAUCUGAUUAAAUGAUUACCUGUGGGCUCAAAUAUAACUCUCACAGAUGUAUGAACUUACUAGCUUAUUACUAAUACAAAGGCAAGUCUUUGAGUCUUGUCUCUGAUCUCUGCUUUCUCUAGGUUUUGCGCUUAGAAUUACCACUAAAAAUUUACAGUGCUGGAACUGAUGAUCUGAAAGGGUCACAUUUCUCAAUGUAUGUUCAUAAAAAUAGAAAAGGCCCUUUACUUGCUCAUAUGUUUCUCUGCCUUCUUGAAAAAAGGUAGCUGAGAUGGAUCUUUAAUACGUAUACUUGAAACAGCACCUUUAAUAAAAUAUUUUGAAUAAUUGAGAAA